GAUCAAUUGGAAAGGGUCUCAACGAUCUUAUCAUCAACGUUGCAACACACAGACCGCGUGGGAUUUAUUACUUGCCCCGCAUCUACCCAGUUACGCAUCACGCAACCUAGAAAUCCCACCGAGCACAUCAUGUCCACCGUCAGCAAAUUCAGCAAGCUACCUCGCUGGAUUAAUCGACCAUUGCAAUGUCCAUACGAGGGUGCCACAGUGCUUCAGACCUCGCGUUUCAACAAAGGAACCUCCUAUCCUAGUGAGGAAAGAGAUGCAUUUAAGCUACAUGGGCUACUGCCACCUAAUGUCCAAACUCUCGAUGAGCAGGUGCAGCGAGCAUACCAACAAUAUAGUAGCCGAGGCGAUGACCUGGCCAAGAACACUUUUAUGGCUAGCAUGAAAGCACAGAAUGAAGUGCUGUACUUCAGGCUGCUACAAACCCAUCUCAAGGAGAUGUUUAGUAUUAUCUAUACCCCGACUGAGGGUGACGCAAUUGAGAACUAUUCGCGACUGUUCAGGAAGCCCGAGGGAUGCUUUCUGAAUAUUCGGGAUCAACACUCCAUUGAAAGCCACUUAUCACAGUUCGGAAAUGAGGAGGAUAUCGAUUACAUUGUCGUCAGUGACGGAGAGGAGAUUCUGGGAAUCGGAGACCAGGGUGUCGGUGGUAUCCUUAUCUCUGUGGCCAAACUUGUGAUCACUACUCUCUGUGCUGGUAUUCACCCGGCCCGGCAACUUCCAGUGGUCCUCGACUGUGGAACAAACAACGAAGGAUUGCUGAAAGACGAGUUGUACCUGGGACUUCGUCAACAUCGAGCUCGAGGCAAAGAAUACGACGAGUUUGUGGAUCGCUUCGUUCAGAGUGCUCGUAAGCGUUUCCCAAGAGCCUACAUUCACUUUGAAGAUUUUGGGCUUUCCAAUGCUAAGCGAAUCCUGGACAAAUAUCAAUCCCAGAUUCCUUGCUUCAAUGAUGAUAUUCAAGGUACUGGAUGCGUGACACUCGCUGCCAUGAUGGCGGCUUUACAUGUCAGCCAAGUCCCGAUGGAGGACGUCCGCGUGGUCAUUUUUGGCUCAGGUACAGCUGGUACAGGAAUCGCAGAUCAGAUUGCCGAUACUAUUGCGACUGAGACUCACAGGCCAAAAGAUGAGGCUUCAAAGCAGAUCUGGUGUAUCGACAAACCAGGCCUUCUCUUUAAGUCCAUGGCCGACAAAUUGACCCCAGCCCAAACACCAUUUGCCCGAGAGGAUAGCGAGUGGCCAGAAGGCAAACAGAAUGACCUACUAUCAGUCAUCCAAAACGUCAAGCCCCAUGUACUGAUUGGCACGUCCACUAAACCUGGAGCAUUCACGGAAGAAUUUAUCCGAGAAAUGGCCAAACACGUGGAAAGACCAAUCGUGUUUCCAUUGAGCAACCCGACUCGCCUUCACGAAGCUCAGCCAAAGGAUCUCUACGAAUGGACAGACGGUCGAGCACUAGUUGCAACAGGCAGUCCUUUCCCACCUGUAGAGUUUGGUGGUGCAAAAUAUGACAUUGCGGAAUGCAACAAUUCCACUUGCUUCCCUGGAAUUGGACUUGGUGCAGUCCUCUCACGCAGCCGACUUGUUUCGAAGAAGAUGCUUGUUGCAGCGGUGGAGGCACUUAAGGCAUGCUCUCCGGCACUAGAGGAUCCGAACAAGCCCCUCUUACCUGACGUGGAAGAUGUUCGAGAGAUCAGUGUGGACAUUGCGGCUGCUGUGAUUAAAUGUUCUGUUGACGAAGGUCUUGCGCAGGAAGAGGGGAUUCCAUCUGAGGACACUGAGCUUAGGGAAUGGAUCCGGGCGCAGAUGUGGGAGGCUGUGUAUCGACCUCUCGUAAAGCCGUAG